UUAUUAAAACCCAAGGCUUGUUACACUCUUACUCCCCAAGAAGCAAAAGCUGUAUGUCGGUGGUUAAAUGAAUUGAGGAUGCCUGAUGGUUAUUCUUCUAACCUGGCAAGAUGUGCUGACGCCAACACUGGUAAAUUGCAUGGAAUGAAAAGUCACGAUUGUCAUAUUUUCAUGGAACGAUUACUUCCAAUUGCAUUCAGUUCACUGCCCAAGAAUGUGCUUAAUCCACUUACUGAGAUCAGUCAAUUUUUUAAAGACAUUUGUGCUUCAACUUUAAGAGUAGACGACAUCAUUAAAUUGGACCGAAAUAUUCCUGUCAUUCUUUGCAAGUUGGAGCAAAUAUUCCCGCCAGGUUUCUUUGAUUCUAUGGAGCAUCUCCCUGCGCAUCUUGCUUAUGAAGCUUUUCUAGGUGGACCUGUUCAAUAUAGAUGGAUGUAUCCAUUUGAACGAUUCAUGGGUGAUUCAAAGCGAUCAGUUAAAAAUAAGGCACGAGUUGAGGGAUCAAUUUGUGCACAUUAUAUACAUCGCGAAACAUCACAUUUUUGCUCUCAUUAUUUCAAUCACAUGAUGUUGUCUCCAAGAAUCAUAAGGAAUGAAGUUCACUUCAGUGAAAGAAGUCAAUUUACCUUAUCAGUUUUCGGUCGUCCAGGCCGUCCCGCAGGGAAGAAGAGUGAGCAUUGGCUUUCACAAAAAGAAAUGCAGUCUGCUCAUGUUCAUGUGCUGAUUAACUGCGUUGAAGUUAAACCAUAUCUUGAGGCAUUUGGUACCUACUAUUAUCAAAGCACAGGCGAACAACCAUCGACUGGUUACACACAUGCCUAUUUUCCAACAUGGUUUAAGCAACAAUUAUCAUGUAUUGUUACACUAAGUCCUGACUUAAUACAUUUGCGAAAUUUGUCUGAAGGCCCUAGUCAACGUGUAAAUGAAUGGCACACAUAUUUUGUAAACGGUUACAAAUUUCACACUGAGGAAUGGAGUGUAGGGAAGAAAACCGUAAACAGUGGUGUAGUCGUAAAAGGAGUUACAGAGGGUGGUGAGGACGACUUCUAUGGGGUUAUCACACAUAUUUACGAGUUGGUUUAUAAUUAUAUGGACUCGGAAAAUAAAGUUGUCUUAUUUUAUUGUGAUUGGUAUGAUCCAUCUUCUAGAGGAACAAAAAUUGAUAAAAAGUAUAACAUUGUUGAGAUUCGAAGAGAUAGAAAGUACAAAGAGUAUGACCCUUUCAUUAUGGCACAUAAUGUUAGGCAAGUUUAUUAUGUACCUUAUCCUUCAAUUACCCCACGGAAACGAGAAUGGUGUGUUGUAAUCAAAUCCAACCCAAUGGGUCACAUUGAGACUGAUGAGUUAAUGGAAGAUGUUGCAUACCAACAUGAUGAGAUUUCACCUGUUAAUGAGGUAAUUGAAACCGAGGAGAUUGUAAGUUUGUGUGAUACUGCAGUUGAUGGUCAACAAGUUGACGCAAGUAUCUUGUUGUCAACAAAUCCUAUGGAAGAAGAGCAUGAAGAGCUGGGAGAGUCUGAAGACAAUAAUAUCAGAUGCGAUGAAGACAACGAAGAUUAUGAUGAUGAAUAAAUUGAAUAUGUAAUAUUAUCUUGAGUAUUUCACAUAUUAUCUUGUGUAAUAGUAUCUUGUGUAAUAUUAACUUUUAAAUAUUA